AUGGCCCGAAGCAAAGGAAAACCACCUGGGCCAUCCCGCUCACGAUCUCGUAUCUCGCGCAAUGAGCUCCCAUUGAGUUUUGAUCCUGAUGCGGUGGCCUCAGAUGAGGAAGACGAAGAGGCCGCCAUCGAUGCAGACGGACAAGGGGUGUGGGAUCAUGCGUACUGCGCUGUCUGUGACCGUCUUAUUGAGCCGAGUCAGGCUGUACAGGAGACGCGGGAUGACAAGAGCGAGGUCGACGAAGAUGAGUGGGUGGCUGCGGCCAUGUCGUCUUUGCGUCGGCAUGCACAGCCCAUGACCCAACGCGGGGUUUCCCCACACACAGAUCGACAUGACGAAGCACGUCCUGGUGGCUCCCUGUUUUGCUCGGAACGAUGCAGGAAAAUUGACAAGCAGAGUAAUGCACGCAUGGGCGAGUUUCUGAAGUAUGUGUCCUCUUCGUCUCCCUCGCUGUCCGCAAGGCACGAGGCUGAAUCGUUGCGUGGUGCAGAUUCCGAUACGCAACCUGACUCGCCACCGGAGGAGCCCUCCGUCUUGGCCUCGGCAAAGCCCGCAGUCUCUGCGUCUCUCUCAACGUCGCUGCUUCGUGCCGAGUCGCGUUCUCAUACGGUGCACCAAGCUACGGACGACGAAGUGUCGCAUGAUACCUUGGCCGAUCGGCCCCUCGCGAAAAAUACGGUAAGGUACAAACCACGUACGAGCUCGAUGCAAGGCCCUAGCAACCUCGCGCGCUCGCGGCUGGCGAUGCGGACGCAGGCUAUGGUGGCGCCCUUGUCUGCUGCGACCAUGCCCAGCAUGGCAUCGGCGUCUAUCGAUCCCUCUUCUCCUGUCUCGACCGACGAAGCGGCCCUUUUUGCCGGUACGCCACCGCCCAGUGUCAUGUUUGGUGAGCCCACUGGUGCCGAGGCUCUUCCGGCUGUGCCCAAAACGUCACCUACCUCCCACCCCUCCGCGUCGUUCUCGCCCUUGAGCCUCAUGUCGCAUGGCACGGGUCUUCGGACCGAACCGAUUGCUGCGGUGGAAGAGAAUGCGACCAAUACACUCUGGGAUGCAUCCACUCAAAUGGAGCGCCAUGGUACAGCGACCGAUGCGCUACGGAAAGCGCAACUCUUUGCGGAUAGUCCGGAGCCGAUGGAGAAUGUCUCGCGUCCUACUCCUCGACGUGGAUCGAUCACGUCGUUGUCCAGUGGCCGAGGGAAAGGGCCGUUGCCCAGUGCCUCUGCCCUGCAUAUGCCGUCCCGCACGACCACAGCACCACCGAGCUCGACGUCGUCGGAGAGUUUGUUGAGUCAACGGCACUCGUUGCAAGCCCUUCGACGUGGGAGUGAGGGCGACGCCAUGCUGGAGACUAUGGAGCAUGGCACACCACACUCUGCGCGUACAGAGCGGGGUGCAUCACGGCGCGCCCGCGACGUGCGGCAUCUCCCGCCCUUGUUUGGCCCGCCGCGCUCCAAGGACGAAGAGGCACGACCUGCAUCGCUCCGUGGCUCCAUGACACGUUUGGACUCAGCCAGUCCCCUAUUACCCAGCCGCAACUCUUUUUACUCGACCAGUGCCGCGCAUAGUCAGCCAGGCACGAGCCCACGUCGCGCCGGGCUGGGCUGGAGUGCCUUGCCAUCAAGCUCGACGAAGCUGUCUAGUUCCAUGAAUCGCACGGCGUCGAUGGAGGACGAUAUCGGUGGAUCUCUUCGAUCUCUUCCGCAGGAUCCACGGGCUAUGAGCGCGUCGAUGCGUACGUGGAGCUACGAUCGUCUGCCAGGCAUGCGAAUGUAUCCGCUAAUGCAAUUGCCUGGCGCACCUGUCCACGACACGUAUCAGCAGCCUCUGCCCCUCGGUACAGCAGCCCCGGCGGAGACCGCGUCGCGUCGCGUCUCCACAUCGUUCUCCACCAAGCCACGCACCGGAUCCAUUUCGUCGACAGGCUCCGGGGCCAGUGGCGCCCGUCGAAAAACUCUAUUUUACUUUGCAGGGAGUUGA